CCCACCCUCCCUUCCCGUGGGACAGUGUCCAGGUGCAAGGGGGAGGCACAGCCAGGAGACCUCUGUCCUGGGAGAGUUUAAAAGGCCCCAGGAUCUUUUCUCAGUCUCAGUUGACCUUCCCAACUGCCUUCAGCAUGCGGGCGUUGCUAAUUUUGAGUGCCCUGCUGGGGGCUGUCCUUGGCAAAGAGGACUUUGUGGGGCACCAGGUGCUCCGAAUCUCUGUGCCUGAUGAAGCCCAGGUCCAGAAGGUGACGGAGCUGGAGGAUCUGGAGCACCUGCAGCUGGACUUCUGGCGGGGCCCUGCCCAGCCUGGCUCCCCCAUCGAUGUCCGAGUGCCCUUCCCCAGCCUCCAGGCCGUCAAAGUCUUCCUGGAGGCCCAUGGCAUCGAGUACACGGUCAUGAUCGAGGAUGUGCAGUCGCUGCUGGACGAAGAAGAGGAGCAGAUGUUUGCCUUCCAGGCCCGGGCCGCCUCCACCGACACCUUUAACUAUGCCACCUACCACACCCUGGAGGAGAUCUAUGGCUUCAUGGAUAUGCUGGUGGCUGAGCACCCACAGCUGGUCAGCAAGCUCCAGAUCGGCAGCACCUUUGAAGGCCGUCCCAUCUACGUGCUGAAGUUCAGCACUGGGGGAAACAACCGUCCCGCCAUCUGGAUCGACACUGGUAUCCAUUCCCGGGAGUGGGUCACUCAGGCCAGCGGCAUCUGGUUUGCAAAGAAGAUCACACAGGACUAUGGCCAAAACCCUGCUUUCACCGCCAUUCUUGACAAAAUGGACAUCUUCCUGGAGAUUGUCACCAACCCUGAUGGUUUUGCCUUCACCCACAGCAAGAACCGCUUGUGGCGCAAGACUCGAUCCAUCACAGCAGGCUCCUCCUGUGUUGGGGUGGACCCCAACCGGAACUGGGACGCCGGCUUUGGGAAGGCCGGAGCCAGCAGCAACCCCUGCUCGGAGACUUACCAUGGCAAGUUUGCCAAUUCCGAAAAGGAGGUCAAGUCCAUCGUGGACUUUGUGAAGAACCAUGGGAACAUCAAGGCCUUCAUCUCCAUCCACAGCUACUCCCAGCUCCUCCUCUAUCCCUAUGGCUAUACCACAGAACCAGCCAGCGACCAGGCUGAGCUGGAUCAGCUGGCCAAAUCUGCUGUGACGGCCCUGGCCUCUCUGUAUGGGACCAAGUUCAAGUACGGCAGCAUCAUCAAAGCAAUUUACCGAGCCAGUGGCGGCACCAUUGACUGGACCUACAACCAGGGCAUCAAGUACUCCUACACCUUCGAGCUCCGUGACACUGGGCGCUACGGCUUCCUGCUGCCAGCCUCCCAGAUCAUCCCCACGGCCCAGGAGACCUGGCUGGCUCUCCAGACCAUCAUGGAGCACACUCUGAAUCACCCCUACUGAACCGGCCCUUCGGUUCUCUCUUCUUUAGCCUCUCUGGCGACCAAAUAAAGUUUGAGUGUACACGGAACAGAAUCUUGGGACAUGCA